AAUGCAUCAUAAGACGUGUCUCAUUUCCCAGCUUCCUCUGCACUUCCGGCUUUUCACCGCAGCAGACGAGAACGAAAACAAAAUGCGAUAGUUUAACUUCGCAAUGACAGCGUUAUUGACGCUUCUCGGCAUAUUCCACUGACCGCUUAAUAUUUAAAUGUCAAAUCUGUGCACCUGAGGCGCGUGGCAUUAAUAUAAUAUCCACCAUGCAGUUCUCUCCCACCAACGUAGAUUUCACGUUCGUCUCUUCGACAGAGGCUGAAGAGCUCAGCGGCACCAUCAGUGCCCCGGACAUUAAGCUGAACAUGGGCGCUGAGAGCGGGAAGGAUCCAUACGCCACCACCUUCCUGAGGCAGCGAGGCUACGGCUGGCUGCUGGAGGUGGACGAGGAGGACACUGAAGAGAGCAAGCCGCUUCUGGAGGAGCUGGACAUCGACCUGAAGGACAUCUAUUACAAGAUUCGCUGUGUGCUGAUGCCCAUGCCGUCCCUGGGUUACAACCGGCAGGUGGUCCGAGACAACCCGGACUUCUGGGGCCCUCUGGCCGUGGUGCUGCUCUUCUCUAUGAUCUCCAUCUACGGACAGUUCAGGGUUGUGUCUUGGAUCAUCACCAUCUGGAUCUUUGGAUCAACAACCAUCUUCCUGCUGGCUCGUGUUCUUGGUGGCGAGGUUUCCUUCGGCCAGGUUCUUGGAGUGAUCGGAUAUUCUCUUCUUCCUCUCAUCGUUAUAGCCCCUCUGCUCCUAGUGAUCGGAGGCUUUGAGGUGGUUUCUACACUAAUCAAACUGUUCGGGGUGUUCUGGGCUGCUUACAGCGCUGCUUCGCUGCUCGUCGGAGAUGAAUUCAAAACCAAGAAGCCCCUUCUCAUAUAUCCCAUUUUCCUUCUGUAUAUCUACUUCCUGUCGCUAUAUACUGGUGUGUGACUGCAGGAGUGGGAACUCUGGACCUUUUCAUGGACAUUGACCCUGGGGAAUGGGGGGGGGGGGGAACCAGGAUUUUUUUUAAAGGUGUUUAUUUCUUUUUUAACUAUUCAGUUGUAGACGAUGGGGAAUAUAUAUCAAUGUAUAUAGUUUUGUCCCUUAUGUCUUUGGUCAAUAAAUGCAUAUGCUUUUACAGCUUACACU